ACUGUUAACAUCUGACACAAAGCAGGCAAAACAAGGCAUCUGACUACAUGACGGCAGAAAAAUGGUAAACAUUGUCUAGAUUAUGAUAAUAUACAACAAUUACCGGCACUAGACUCGAUAGCCCGCCACAGCUGACUGAAAGUUGGAUAAAAAUAUAAAUAAUAAUUAAUUUAGCGACAGUAUAAGGUGACCAGGAUUUGUCUGACUUCCUGAAUUAUUCCGAGAAGACUGGAAACUAUCCCAACUGUCUGGAGCUAUAAUUAAUCUGCCUACUUCUAAGCAUGGCGAGUAACUUCGUCUCCAGGCUGUUUCGUCCACCUUUGCUCACACAACUUGCGUCCCUCCGGUCAGGCUGUCUGCUCCGGGGACAGGCGGCGGUAGUGGCGGGGACCAGACACUCCUCCAGCGAGGAGAAAAUUAGCCGCUAUCCGGUUCCUUACAAGAAAGACUUACCUUAUGAUAUAGUGGAGCUCAUGGAGGAAGUGGAGUUAAAGGGAGGAUUUUUGCCCAACGUCUUCAAAGUCCUCUCUCACAGGCCAGCAGAGUUCAGAGCCUUCUUCGCGUACUACAAUGAGCUGAUGAACAAAGAGACAGGCAGAUUAACCAAGGCAGAUCGUGAACUGAUCGUAGUGGCAACCAGUAUCCACAACAAGUGUCUUUACUGUGUGGUAUCCCAUAGUGCACUGCACCGCAUCUACUCCAAGAAACCCACUCUUUCUGAUCAGGUCAUUGUUAACUAUGAGAAUGCCGACCUGGCCCCUCGGGAGCGCGCCAUGCUGGACUUUGCGAUGGCUGUGUGUCGCUGUGACACCAUCACAGAGAAGCACUUUCAGUCUCUGGAGGAAGUUGGCUUUGACCGCGAGGAUGCCUGGGACAUUGCUGCCAUCGCCGCUUUCUUUGCCCUGUCCAACCGACUCGCACACCUCACCGACAUGAGGCCAAACCAGGAAUUUUUUAACAUGGGCCGUAUACCACGGGACAAGAGCAAGGACAAGGCAGGAGAUGGCAAAUGAAAAGAAAGUAGAUGUGCAAGUGAGAUUGUCAGAGGUCAAAGAUCAUAUGUGACACUGACAAUAUAUUCAUGCUUCAGCAAAAAAUGUCUCUAUCCUGUUUUAUGUUUUUGUCUUCCUCUCUUAUGUGACCAAUCAGAUGUUCUCAGAUUUAUGACGAAAUGAGAUAAAAAAUAUCAGAUAUAUGGGUUUGCAACCCUAAAAGCAAUUCUAUUUAAAUGUUAACAGCUAUGACUACUGAAUACCUACAACUACAAACUAACAUGAAUCAAAGUGAAGUAAUGGAUGUUAAUAUUUUAGUGAAUGUUUGAAAUCAUUCAAAAGUCUCACACUGUAUCCAAAGUGUUUUUGAAGCCUGCAGGAUUGUUUGACGUUGCGGCCUUUCAGUCUGAGCAAAGCCCUAAAAACCAGCAUGUGAAAGAUUCCAGACUUUAUCAACUUGAAAGAGACAAUCUGAGUUUGUGAGAGGUAUAAUGUCCCAUCAUGAGUGUAUCUUGUCAGGGCAGUCAUAGAGUCUUUGGUGAAGUAAUUUCAAUAUUUUGCCACAGAGUCUGAACGUAGCCAUUAUGUUUGUUUACCAUGAUAUUUUGAAUUGUAGGUGGUUUAUUUGACACUCUUAGCUGUGUAAGAUUGUGCAUUAAAGUUUAAAUGAAAAAUUCUUUAUGUCUUCUAAACUGAAAAACCAUCUAAACACUUGACACUAAAUAUGAUUUAAUGUUUAUUUUUCAGUCUAUCUUCUGCUUGAAUAAAAAGUAAGACACUAA